AGGCCAAAUCUGGCAUCCUUGUAGUCUUUCGGUCUUCGCCAUCUCAUAGAGAAAUAAAGGUUAAAUUUCUUUCUCUUUUGUAAAAUUGUCAUCCAUUCGAAUCUACGAAACUUAGGGCGCAUCCGCUGCAGAAUCACCAUACUUGUGAAUCAUGGCUCCCCGUAAAGGAAAAGUUCAGAAAGAGGAAGCCGUCGUUACUUUGGGACCCCAAGUACGUGAAGGAGAGACCGUUUUCGGAGUUGCUCACAUCUUCGCAUCCUUCAACGACACUUUUGUCCAUGUUACCGACUUGUCUGGAAGGGAAACCCUUGCCCGUGUUACUGGUGGUAUGAAGGUGAAGGCUGAUCGUGAUGAAGCUUCUCCCUAUGCUGCUAUGUUGGCUGCUCAGGAUGUUGCUGAAAAGUGCAAACUGUUGGGCAUAACUGCUCUGCACAUCAAGCUUCGCGCAACCGGCGGUAACAGGACCAAGACUCCAGGACCCGGUGCCCAGUCAGCUCUCCGUGCUUUGGCCCGUGCGGGUAUGAAGAUCGGCCGAAUUGAAGAUGUUACACCUAUCCCUUCGGACUCUACUCGCAGGAAGGGUGGUCGUCGCGGUCGCCGUUUGUAGAAAAAAUCCUCCACACGGCCGCUCGAAACGUUCCCCACAUUUCUUUUCAUCUGUAUACACAUGUGGAGAAUUGACUAUUUGGGCCAUGUCUCCUUGUUUUGACGUUUCGUUUGAAAGAAAUACAAUGGAAUGUUCAUGUGGCAAA